GGUAAAGAAGACAUGACUACUAAUACCAAUUACAAAAAGUUGCAAAUUGAUUUCUUGAGAUGGGCCGCGCACGGUUUAUGCGAUGAUGCCGGUAGAGAGCGUUUUCAGCCAUGUACUUUUGACUUACCCGAUCUGGUAAAUCUCUUACAAGCGAUUGGGUUUCGAAUGCGUAGGGCUGACAUCCAGUUGGAACAGUCGCCGUUGCGUGGAGGCCAAAACGGGUCGAAGGUCGUUAUUAGCUGCACGAAUUCAGGACAAAGAUGCAUCCUUGAGCAACCCAAUGAAAACUGCAGUUGCAUCAAACAAUCCGUGGAUAAUGCCGCAAAAGAUAGCUUCUGGGAGAUUGUCGCAACGUCGAGGGAAGUUGGAAAUAGUUUCUUGGAAACGGGCUGUGCCAUUUUUCCAUCUUUGUCGAAAGACAAAUUGUGUUUUGUUCGUAACAUUUUGGGUUACCUUUUGAAAGCCAUGAAUGAACCAGAGAGUGUUAUCGAAGAUUCAAUGAAAACUCCAAUUCGACGAUCCAUAGGAAAACGUGUUGGAACUCCAAAACAAUACGAUUCCCCAUCCAGGUAUCGAUCUUUGGAUACGCUUUUAGUAACAGACGAGGCAUUGCCGAAACCAGGAAUCCUCUUACCAAAAAUGAACCUAUCUGAUUUGAGCCCCACAAUUACGCAAUCCAGUCCAAACAUAAAACUUGAUGUUUCUAACAACGAGCCGGAUUUUAAGUGCGAUUCAGUUCCAAGAGCAACGUAUUUAGUAAAUAAAGCGACGGAUUUGCUGAUGGAAGCCCGAGUGCUUAUGAACAACAAGAGUGUUUCUGAUUGUACCGAGAAGCAUUCCACCAUUCUCCAUUCUGCAACUAAAAACUUUAAGAAAUUGAUAUGUACUUCGAAACCGCCAAAUUCUACCACCAACUUGAUGGUUUCCAUACCCAAUUUAUCGAAGAAGAAAACCUCCAGCACAUCGUCCGUAAAUUCGACUGACGGUGAGUUUAAGAUUCCCACGAAGGUUCCAAACAAGGCUGUGAAAAUCGUCAAGAGGCCCGACGUUCCGCACCCGGAAGCGGCUUCCAAGAGAAUAAGUAAAUAUGCUCACGUCAAAUCUACAAUUCCCAAAAUUGGCGAUAAAAAGAAAUGAUCUUUUAAAUUGUGCUAAAACCUCAAUUAAUAUAUCAUGUAUUAUUAUUAAUGAAAUGAUUAUAAUCUACAAUACUUGUUAAGUUUAAAAUUUCUUUAUAAAUGGAUCUUAAUUUAAUAAAUCUAA